CUAUAUCAAAUAAUCCACUUUAUUCUUGACCAGGCUACUAAGUACUGUGGCCUUGAUUCGACCAUUGAAAUUAGUAAGUUAGCGAUCGCGGAAUAUGAGACAGACCUCGGCUAGUCUUGUGUUAGACCGCCUGUCGCAUAACCAGGUUCACAUGCCGCAGGUCCGCUGGCUUUGACGCGUCGAUUGACAUCACCUUUGACAUUCACUCAUGUCCGAUACAGUACGCUUUAGCUCCUCAACACGGUCAUGAACCCCACGCGCACACCUGCUCUGUGGGAGGCUUCGAUCCAGUCUUCAGACGAAGCAAUUUCCCCGCCUGGAGUCGAGCAGGAAACGUGGGACGCUGAGCUCUUCGAAAGACUCAGUUCCUACCCAUUCGAGGACGAUCAUGAGUUUGCACAUGGGCUCUCGAUAAUUCUCGGCCACCCUGAAAUACCAGCGUCAAAGGCCGAGAUCGACCGGGACGAUGAUGUUAUGUUACAGGCUAAAUGUUUCUACUUCUCGAGGAAAGAGAAACUCCCGACUCCCGUGAACGUCGGAAAAUACCAACUAUGGUUACAAGCCAGACCCACAGCAGCUGAAGCUGCUGGUCCUAUAAACCAGCAGCAACUCAACAGUGUGGUAUCUGAAGACCGUGCAAAUGCGCGGUUGAAGCAAGCAGAACCUGCGUAUCCCUCCUCGUUCGCUCAUAUAGUCGAACUCAUUACGACCGGGCAACCCAUACCUGGAAUUCAGCAGAUACCAGACACUAUACUCGCUGGCCAAGACACUCCAAGUGCCAGGUCAAGGAGACGGAAGCCGUGGGAGCUGGAAAGCGGCGAGCAUAUCGGCAGAUGAAUGACAAGUACGGGCUGAUUUCCAAAAAGUUGCUCAAACAGCCAAGUCGACUCCUUGCCUUUAGUGGAUGACCAAUUGCGUCCUCGUCAGUAGUCCGAUAUGUCAUAUUAGUUCAUAGCUAACAAUAAGAGCUUCUGCAAAGUAGGUAGUACCGG